AUUUGGACUCAGUUUCCACAUAUUCUGUAUUAAAGCAGACAUCUUAGACCUGUCAGCACAACUCAAAGUACAGUACUGCAACCUGCCAGAAGAGCACCCUUAUAGCCUCUUGCAUAGCUCUUGAAGGACUUUCAAAGCUGCUGAGGAGCAUUCUUCAUGUGGAGGACAGCUUUGAAGGAGAAACCAGCCUUGGAGAUGUCAGCGGACAGGAUGACGUCAUCGUCGGAGAGGACGAAAGCAAUGAGGGAAAUGACCAGUGGGGGGCGUGCGAAGCUCUCUACUCCAGGGGUUGGGACCGAUUAAAACUAAAUAAUGAGUUGCUGAACUUCCAAUCAUAUUCCUAAACAAAGCCAAUUUGGGAAAUGCUAAGAGACGUUCGUGCCAUCAGAGGAUGUAGGGAGCUAAGAGCAGCGUGGAUAAACAAGCAUGUCCGUAUCGCACACACACAGACCUCGCAUCAGGCUAUUCGUCUCUGUUUGAAUAGCGUACCCCCACUGUACUACAAUCGUUUACAGCGCUGCAUUUUCAAAAAAGCUAAAAUUUAUCUCCACUACGCAGGACAGGUAUCGCAACAUAACUUGCACAGAUGUGAAACGUCUAAGCCUCACCAAGACACGAGGAGCAGCGAGACGCUCGACUGCUCCGCGUUCUACACAAAAGCCUGGCUGUCAAGAGCGCGUGCGCUGUUCAAUAUGGCGAUUCCGGCAGAGUUGUGGUGCUCCGAUACAUUUCCUCCUCAUCUAAACCCUCUGCACGUUCUUGCGUGCAAGUCGCAGUUUUCACAACUGUUUAACAGCAGCGGUCACCCCGUGUGCGUGCUCGCGUUUUCCCGAAGGCGGACACCCUGUAGCAGGUCAGACAUUUUCAUAUGCGUGCACUUAACGGCGGAGUGUGAAUCGAUCGCCGAUCGCGACGCGCCACUGAAGCUGCACGCGAGCAGACUCUUCCUCAGACACUACGGCUUCCAGAAUGGUGCGCGUGGCCGGGUGCGCGCCAUAUCGCCGAUCGCACUCAGCAGGGUGGUGCUGGGCGCGAGGACCAAGCAGAGUUUCAGAUGGGUCACCUCGGAGAGGUUCUCCAGCGGGCUGCUCGUGCUGGCGUCCUGCGAGACGCGCGCGACUGUGGCCCGGCGCGGGGACGCGCUCCUGCUGCCGUGCCACCCGGUCUUCGGCGCCGACGUGGCCCAGGUGCAGCAGUACUUCGCCGACGUGUUUGUGCUGGACUGCGCGCCGGUCGCCCAGGGCCUCAUAACGACGAGCACCAGCGUGGUGGUGACCGACUGCAGGGACGUGCCAUGGAGCGGCGGCGCGCCGGAGCCGUGCGGCGGCGCGCACCACCCUGCCAGGCCUGUCACCCCCGUGUACGCGUCCGACUUCGCGCACUACGCGCGCAGCCUCGACGGCGGGCCCUCCCUCCUCCAGAACACACGGCUGCUGAGCUCGCCCUUCUCCGACUUCCUGCGCGCUCUUGAGUGCAGGCUCGAUGUCCGCGUCGCUGACGUCUCCGGGCUGGGAGUGGGAGCGGGGGAGGAGCGCGCGCCCGCGGCCGACGUGCACGCGGCUAUUUUUGUGAGGAAACAGCUGCUCUUCAAGCUGGGCCUCUUCAACGGCGAGUGGGUGAGCGCGGCGCCGCUGGGCCCCCCCGCCGAACGGGCGCCCUGCCACCUGGCCGCUGUGCUCGUGCACGAGCUGGGUGCAGAGGUGCCGGAGCACGUGGCCCUCGUGUCCCCUGCGCUCUGGUUCAACGUGUCGGGGGGAGAAGCCGUGCCCGUGGGCGGCAGAGCCCUCAAAAUAAAGAGGCUCAUCGGGUCGCUCUCCAGCGCGGGGACACGGCUCUCGGAGAGCCCAUCCCGUAGCGCCGCCCCGCCUUUUGCCCAGGAGCUCCACAUCCAAGUGGUCGUGUCACCGGACUACAGCUGCCGCGGCGUUUUUGACGACAUCCUUUCAGAACAUUUCACCACACCCAGGCUGGUGCAAACAGGCGAUCUCUUAUGUGUUCCAACCAAAGGGCAUGCUGAGUUCUUAAAAAGCAGCUCGGAGAGUUUCUCAAGGUGGCCAGUUCUGUAUUUCAAGGUGAAGAAAGUCUCCGGUAAGACUGCAGGGGACUGCAGCGCACCCUGUGGAUAUUUGGCAGAUGCGGAGCGCACAUCGCUGUACACGGGAGGGUCUGUCAAUAGCUUUGUCCCUUGUUCUUUGCUGGAUGACGGGCCUUCUUUUUGGAGCAGCCUCUCCCCUCCUGGUCUCUCAAAUGCAGUAGACCAACUGACUACCAUUAUCCAGCCGCAUCUAAAUGAGAGUUCUGCAGCAUUGACAAGAGGGUGCUCUGUUUUGUUGACGGGACCAAAGGGAUGCGGUAAAGUGACCGCCAUCAAGGCUGCUUGCAGGAGGCUAAAUCUACAUUUUCUAAAGGUGGACUGCGUGUCCCUGUGCGCGGAUACACCCGCAGCCUGCGAGGCACGUAUGCGGGCGACCUUCAGCCGGGCAGCGCUACACCAGCCCUGUGUGCUGUUGCUGAGGAAUCUGCAGCUCCUGGGCCGGCAGCACGACCAUGUGAAUGAGGACUCCAGGGUGCUGACCACUCUCUGCCUCCUUGUGUCCAGCUGCCCAGCCAGCGUUGUUGUGGUGGGCACCGUGCACAGUCUUCUGGAGGUAUCCCUGGAUGCCAGUGCAGCAUUUGUCCACCAGGUAGCCAUGGAGAACCCCACGGAGGAGCAGAGGCGGGCCAUGUUGAGCAGCUUGUGUGCAGGCCUGCCCCUGGGAAAGGAUGUUAGCCUGGGGAAGAUGGCCAAGCAGACAGCGGGAUUCCUGCUGAGUGACCUAGUUGCACUAUUGACAAAUGCUGGUAAAUCAGCUCACAGAAGGCUUUCCAAAACCUGUUUCCCAACAGGAAUGAGUCUGCAGGAGGAAGAGGACCUAUGUGUCUCAGGAGUGUCCAUCCUCUCAUCAGACUUUUCCAAGGCUCUGGAGCUGCUGCAGGCUGCACACUCCCAGGCCAUUGGUGCCCCAAAGAUCCCCACUGUGAAGUGGCAGGAUGUGGGUGGCCUGCAGCAGGUCAAGAAAGAGAUUCUGGACACCAUCCAGCUGCCCCUUGAACACCCGGAGUUGAUCUCCCUUGGGCUCCGACGUUCCGGCCUGCUGCUCUACGGCCCUCCUGGGACUGGAAAGACGUUGCUGGCUAAAGCUGUUGCCACCGAAUGCUCAAUGACCUUCCUGAGUGUGAAAGGCCCAGAACUCCUCAAUAUGUACGUUGGACAAAGUGAGGAAAAUGUGAGAGAAGUUUUUUCAAAAGCCCGAGCAGCCUCCCCAUGUAUAAUCUUCUUUGAUGAGCUCGACUCCCUUGCUCCCAACAGGGGCCGCAGUGGGGACUCUGGAGGAGUAAUGGACAGGGUGGUAUCUCAGCUCUUGGCCGAGCUGGAUGGGCUGCACUCCUCUGUGGAUGUUUUUGUGAUUGGAGCAACUAACCGACCUGACCUGCUCGACCAGUCCCUGCUCAGGCCAGGAAGGUUUGACAAACUGGUUUAUGUAGGAAUCAGUGAAGACAAGGAAUCGCAGCUCCAGGUCCUGAAGGCCAUCGUUCGAGAGUUUAAGUUGGACCCAAACGUAAGCCUCCCUGACAUUGUCGAGCGGUGCCCUCCUCACCUGACGGGUGCCGACAUGUACGCCCUGUGCUCAGACGCCAUGACGUUGGCCAUCAAGAGGAAAAUCACCCACAUCCAGGAAGGUGUGGACACAGAGAGCUCCCCGCUGACACUUUCGGCAGAGGACUUUCUGCUGGCCCUUGAGAGGCUGCGGCCAUCCGUAUCCCAUCAGGAGCUGCUGAAGUACAAACUUGUUCAACAGAAAUUCACUGCAAACUAACAGGACCCAGGUAGCUCUGGGCGUAACUGUACACGAGCCUGGACUGGGUGGGUCACCAGUCAUUGUCAUGCACUACAUUUACAGAGACUAGAGAUUUGACUAGAGCUUAUUGAAAGCUAUUGUUGGCUCUGCCAAAACAGUUGUGCACCAUCAUUGUUGAAGCAGUCUCUUCUAAUGGCAGUUCUUGCUUUCCCCAUGAACCUAUUAAUGCACUUUUCACAAUCCAAGCAAGAAAUAUCAUUUCACACCCGUUGGGUACAGCAAAACUGCAUUUUUUACUCAUUGUUAAAAGUUAGUGGGGCGAUGCCCGUGGAAGGCCAUAAUCUUCUGCUGUAGUUUACCAUGCCCUAGACCAACGGUCACACUUAAAAAAAAGAAAAAUACAUGAUAAAAGAAACAGAGAAUAGCAGACACAUACCUAAAACUAUAGUUACAUUCCACCACAGAUACAUUUUACACUUACAAAACAGUGGAGGCCGAACUACCUCCAAGACUACAACUUUGUGUAUGCUCCUUUAUGAGGUACAGAAAACUGUCCUGCCGUACAUAUCGAUGAUUGUGACAGUUGUAGCUUAAGUGUAAACUUAAGGCGAAGUGACGAGGGGACGCGUAGGUUUGAUCGCCAAAGAAUUCAUCCCUACCUCUCAUACAGCGACAGAGUUUAAAAUGAAUUGAACUAUAAGCCAAGGAGAAACUCACUUUCUGCAGUACAAAAGGGUAAAACAAUUUUAACCUUUCCUUGCUUGCUUUUCUCAAAUUUUCUUAAUUCGCCACAGAGAAAUCUUAUUUCUGUCUUACACAGUUAAAUAUAUUAUAAAUUAAUUUAUAUUAAUUAUAUUUGGUAGAUAUCAGGAUGAAAGAUGAAAAUGAAAUGUUUUAAUGUAAAAAAAAAUAAAUAAAAAAUAAAGUGCACUUUCAGCAGUUAAGGAUGUCAAAAAUAUGUACACGGCAAAGUAAUAAAAAAAACAAUCUUGGGAAAUUUCAGGCAAAUAAGGACAUCUUGACUUCCCAGGUUCUACAGUAGUAGAUUGGAAACUGAUGUUUUUUCCUAUACUGAUAUGUUACUCUGUUGUUGAAAGCCGUUGUGUCUUUUUGUGACAUAACACAAGAGAACAAAUCAGAAGAACAAGAAAUCACAGGAAAAAAUUGUUAAUCUAAAUGAUGUCACUGAAUAUAAAUAAUGUAGUCACACUUGUAAUAUAAUGAACCAUAAUAAAUAUAUAUUUAAGAGGUCAUGUACAAAUUACUGU